AUGGCCUUAUUUGAGUAUAUCACUUUAUUUGUAGUCAUUCUCUUCAUCAUAAUAUACUAUAUAUGGAGAUACAACAAAAAUGUAGUUAUACCAAAUUGGCCUAUAAUUGGCAUGCUACCAUCAAUGUUGCUUAAUCAAUCCCAUAUUCAUGAUUUUACAACUUUACUUGUGAAACAUCAUGGAGGCACUUUUCUUUUCAAAGGACCUUGGUUCACAAACAUUGCCAACUUUAUCCUCACUGGUGAUCCCAUGAAUGUGCAACACGUCACCAGCAAGAAUUUUAGCAACUAUGGGAAAGGGUCUGAUUUUCAUGAGAUUUUUGAAAACCUCGGUGUUGGUAUUUUCAAUAUGGAUUCCAAUGAAUGGAAGCAAGAGAGAACACUACUUCAUUCAUUGCUCAAAGCAAAAACUUUUGAGAUAUCCCUUCAACAAAACAUCCAAAAGAAGCUAGAGAAUUGGCUAUUACCAUUUCUCGAUGAUCAGGUAACCAAAGGUGUCCAAGUACUUGAUUUACAAGAUAUUCUUGAGAGGUUUAGCUUUGAUAUAAGUUGCACUUUUUUAUUUGGUUUUGAUUUCAUUUGUCAUCCUUACAAUUUCAAUGAAGUCUCAGCUAUUUCUGUGCUUGAGGACACAAUGCUGUAUAGGCACUAUAUUCCAAAAUGUAUUUGGAAGCUACAAAAAUGGCUACAAAUUGGUCAAGAGAAGAAGAACAAGAUAGCUCAACAAAACUUUGAACAAUUCCUGUUUAAAUGUAUAACUACUUACAAAGGUGAUGAAGAGAAAAGAAGAUUGAGAAGUAGUGAAGAUGUGGAUGAAAGUCAUUCAUGCUUCCUAAAGGAACUAAUAAUGAAGAGAGGCUUGGGAAAGGAUGAAAUGGUUGAGAAUGACAAGUAUAUUAGAGACACUGCUGCCAAUCUCUUAAGUGCAGGAACUGCAACAAUUAGUUCAGGUUUGAGUUGGUUCUUUUAUCUUGUUUCAACUCAUCCUCUUGUGGAAGCUAAAAUCAUUCAAGAGAUCAAAGAUAACUAUGUAUCCCUAGAGGAAAAUUUGUUCACAAAUUUAAGUAUGAAAGAGCUUGAUAAGCUUGUUUACCUUCAUGGAGCUAUAUUUGAAGCCUUAAGGCUUUAUCCACCUAUUCCAUUUGAGCACAAGUGUGCAAUAAAAGCUGAUAUACUACCUAGUGGACACCAUGUUAGUGCAAAUACAAAAUUAAUAUAUUCUUUGUAUGCAAUGGGAAGGAUGGAACAAGUAUGGGGAGAGGAUUGCUUGGAGUUUAAGCCAGAGAGAUGGAUAUCAGAUAGAGGACAGAUUAUACAUGUGCCCUCUUACAAGUUCAUAGCAUUCAAUGCAGGUCCAAGAAGUUGUUUGGGAAAAGAUAUAAGCUUAAUUCAAAUGAAAAUGGUUGCAGCUGCAAUGUUAUGGAAGUUUAAUAUAAAAAUGGUGGAAGGUCAAUCUAUAACUCCAAGGGUUUCUAUUGUCCUUCGCAUGAAAGAUGGUUUUAAGGCCAAAAUCAGUAAAAGACUCAUAUGA